UCAAGGAAAGAGUUCUGCUUGUGAAGGGCAGCGAAAAUCCAUUUCAAUGUAAUCUGCAACUUUCUCUUUUUUCAGUAUGUAUACAUAACAGAGGAAGACGCCAGUAAAAGAGCCAACUCAUAUGACAACUCCCUUCUCUCUCCUUGUCCCCAUCGCCCCCUACAGACCAGGUGAGGAACAGCUACCAGCUGUGUAACAACGGCACCCUGCGGGUGAUGUAUGCCAAUGGGAUGGGCAUCAGCUUCCACACUGAGCCCCACAUCCUGGCCGGAUCGGUCAGUCCUACUAUUGGCCGUAGGAACAUCACACUACCCACAGACAACGGACUCAACUCCAUUGAGUGGCGGCUCCGCAAGGAACAGACCAAAGGGAAGGUCACUGUGUUUGGCAGGAAGCUGAGGGCACAUGGUCGUAACCUCCUUUCCAUCGACUUCGACCGCAACACUCGGACAGAGAAGAUCUACGAUGACCACCGCAAGUUCACGCUCCGCAUCAUGUACGACACGCAGGGCCGGCCCGCCAUGUGGUUGCCUAGCAGCAGCCUGGCGGUGGUGAAUGUGUCAUACUCAACCACGGGUCAGCUGGUGGGGUUGCAGAGGGGCAGUAUGAGUGAGAGGACAGAGUUUGACCCUCAGGGACGUAUUCUGUCACGGUCAUUCAUAGAUGGCAAGGUGUGGAGCUAUAGUUAUCUGGAUAAGUCCAUGGUCCUUCUCCUGCAGAGCCAGAAACAGUACAUAUUUGAGUUUGACGCCUCGGGGCGAGUCACGGCCGUCACCAUGCCUAGUGUAGCUCGCCACACCAUGUCCACCCACGUCUCUAUCGGUUACAUCCGCAACACCUACAACCCUCCGGAGAGCAACGCCUCCAUCAUCCACGACUUCAGCGAAGACGGCCGCCCCCAGGCCACCCACUACCUCGGCACCGGUCGAUGUGUCCUCUACAAGUACGGCAAGCUGGUCAAGCUAGCUGAGAUCCUCUACGACAGCACCGUGGUGACGUUCGGUUACGACGAGACAGCUGGGGUGCUGAAGAUGGUGAACUUACAGAGCGGCGGGUUCUCCUGUACGAUACGUUACCGUAAAAUGGGUCCGUUGAUUGACAAGCAGAUCUACCGGUUCAGUGAGGAGGGGAUGGUGAAUGCUAGGUUUGACUACACUUACCAUGACAACAGCUUCCGUAUCGCUAGUAUGAAGCCAGUCAUCAGUGAGACUCCUCUGCCUGUGGACCUCUACCGCUAUGACGAGAUCUCUGGAAAGGUGGAACACUUUGGGAAGUUUGGUGUGAUCUACUAUGACAUCAACCAGAUCAUAACCACGGCUGUGAUGACCCUCAGCAAGCACUUCGACACCCACGGGCGCAUCAAGGAGGUGCAGUAUGAGAUCUUCAGGUCCCUGAUGUACUGGAUGACGGUGCAGUACGACAGUAUGGGACGGGUGGUGAAGCGAGAGCUGAAGAUUGGACCAUACGCCAACACAACACAGUAUCGCUAUGAGUAUGACGGGGACGGACAACUCAGCGGGGUGAAGGUGAACGACUGGUCCACGUGGCGCUACAGCUACGACCUGAACGGUAACCUGCACCUCCUCAACCCCGGGAACAGCGCCCGCCUCACGCCGCUCCGCUACGACCUCCGAGACCGCAUCACACGCCUGGGUGACGUUCAGUACCAUCUGGAUGAGGACGGCUUCCUGAGCCAGCGAGGCUCGGAUGUCUUUGACUACAACUCCAAAGGCCAGCUCCUUAGAGCAUAUAACAAGCUACCGGGAGGCUGGAGCGUCCAGUACCGCUAUGACGGACUGGGCAGGAGAGUGUCCACUCGGACCAGUCUGGGACAACACCUCCAGUUCUUCUACGCUGAUCUGAACCACCCGGCAAGAGUCACACAUAUAUUCAACCACUCCAGCUCAGAUAUCGCUUCACUGUACUAUGACUUGCAGGGCCAUCUGUUUGCUAUGGAGGUGAGUAGUGGAGAGGAGUAUUACAUCGCCUCAGACAACACAGGAACACCACUGGCUGUCUUCAGCAGCAACGGACAGAUGAUCAAACAGGUACAGUACACAGCGUACGGGGAGGUGUACCUGGACUCUAACCCAGAGUUCCAGCUGGUGGUUGGGUUCCAUGGUGGUCUCUAUGACACCCUGACCAAGCUGGUCCACUUCACCCAGAGGGACUAUGACGUCCUGGCAGGCCGCUGGACCUCGCCAGACUAUGCCAGCUGGCCCAAGAUCGGCAAGGACCCUGCACCCUUCAACCUGUAUAUGUUCAAGAACAACAACCCCCUCAGCGACGUGUUGGACAUCAAGAACUACGUCACAGACGUGAAGAGUUGGCUGGUGAUGUUUGGUUUCCAGCUCAGUAACAUCAUUCCAGGGUUCCCCCGUCACACCCUCUACUUCGUAGAGCCUCCCUACGAGCUGCAGGCCAGCCAGGACUGUGAAAAUGGACAGCUGAUAACGGGGGUGCAGCAGGCAGCGGAGCGCCACAACAUGGCCUUCAUGGCCCUGGAGGGACGGCUCCUUAACAAGGACCCCCGCGACCGCCGCGACAAGCCCGGACACUGGUUCGGCACAUCAACGCCCAUCAUCGGCCGGGGAGUGAUGCUAGCAUUGAAAGAAGGACGUGUGGUGGCGGCAGUUAGCUCCAUGGCAACCGACGACAGCCGAAAGGUGUCCCUGGUCCUCAACGGCGCCAUCUACCUGGAAGGAACGCACUACACGCAGGAUGGAUGUGACUGUCACUACUUCGUUAAAGUCGGUUCGGCCGAUAGUGAUCUACUGAUGCUGGGGCUGACCAGCGGACGCAUGGCGCUGGAGAGCGGGAUCAACGUGACUGUGAGUGGGAGGUCGCGGCGCGGCGCCACAGUGGAGUUUGUGGUGCCGUCGUUAGCCCUCAGCGUGCGGUAUGGGCUAGCGCUGGACGUGGUGGACGAGGAGAGGGUGAGGCUGCUGGAACUAGCCCGGCAGAGGGCCCUGGCUGGGGCCUGGCUGAGGGAGCAGCAGAGGGCCAAGGAUGGGAAGGAGGGGAGCCGGCUGUGGACGGAGGGAGAGAAGCAACAGCUGCUGACCGCGGGGAGGGUACAGGGGUACGAUGGGUAUUAUGUUCUACCUGUGGAACAGUACCCAGAACUGGCUGACAGCAGCACCAACAUCCAGUUCCUGAGACAGAACGAGAUGGGCAAGAGGUAACAGCCCUCCUGGACUGGGAUGGAGGACUGGCUGACUCUUUCUCUCUCUCUCACUGACUCUCCUCCCCUUCGCCUCCUCCUCCCUUUCAUUCCCUCGUCCUAGUUACUAGUUCCUUCCUCUCUUCGCUCCCACCCCUCCCUGCCUUCUCCUUCUUUCCCCUCCAACCCCGCAGAAAAUAAAAUAAACAAAUGGGGUUUCUCACUGAACGCUGCAGGGACUUUUGAACAGAAGAAUAUACUAGAAUUUUUUUUUUUUUUUUUACUUUUUCUGCCAAGGGCAAAAAAAUCAAACAUUUAGACAGAAGUUUAUUUUAUUUAUAUUUUUUGUUGAUGUUGAAAACAGACUGUGGACAAAGGCACUCAUGAACCUUGAAAAACAAACUGUUGCUUAAUAACUAAGAUUCCCCUUUUUAAAAAAUAAAUCAAUAUUUUCACCCAUAUUUUUAGGGUCACUAUGAGGGCGUAAUGACAGACUCUGAACUGAUGGUGGCACUGUGUUGUGCUGGGUGCUCUGAUAAGGGCCUGCCUCUGAAAUGAACUUGUAGAGUAAAGGGACCAAUAGGGAUACAGAGCCACCACAGGGCCCAGCCAAUCACAAAACACUACUCGGAAGAGAAAAUCACCAACGGCAACAAGAACCACAGCAUAGGGACGUAAAAUUGAUUAAAACGAUGAGUCAUCUCACUGUCUCAGGCCUCCCAUUCUCCACCACAGAACUGUUCUUAGCUACUGCAGCAACAUAUCCUAGCUACCAACACUCACACCACUGAGAUCCUUUAAAAGACUUCAAACUAAAGAAAACAAAAACUUUUAGACACACAUAAGUUGGAGGAUUUUUAUGUUGUAUAUUUGCAGAUAUCAUAAAUAGUAUCACAAGGUUUUAUUUUGAAAUUGGUGAGAAUGUCAUACUACUGUAAUAGCUCCGCAUGUGUAAGACUAUUACACAACAGUUCAGAGUAUUACAGUUCAGAGUAUUAUACUACAGAUAAGACUACUACAAUACUGCUCAGAAUAGUACACUACAGUUCAGACUACUAUACUGCAGUUCAGAUUAUACUACAGUUCAGACUACUAUACUACAGUUCAGACUAAUACACUACAGUUCAGACUACUAUACUACAGCUCAGACUACAAAACUACAGAUCAGACUACUAUCCUACAGAUCACACAACUACACAACAGUUAAGACUACUACACUACAGUUCAGACUACUGUACUACAGUUCAGACUACUGUAAUACAAAUCAGACAACUACACUACA